AUGAUGGAGAAGCCUCCCCCGCCGCUUCCGCCCCGCGGGCGCUCUGAUACGAUCCGUCAAUCGCCCUAUGGCGAGGCGCCGCCGCCGUAUGCGGAAACCGACGACCACUCCCAUCCGCUGCAUGUUCUGGCCACGCACGAUCCACGCUCGUCCUCGACCCAGUCGCUCGUCCCCGCUGAGGACCAGGCUAUGCGCGGCCGCCGCAAGCUGCUGCUCGUCUACAUUCAUGGCUUCAUGGGCGACGAGACCAGCUUCCAGAGCUUCCCCGCACACGUCCACAACCUGGUUACCGUGACGUUGAGCGAGACACAUGUGGUCCACACCAAGAUUUACCCCAAGUAUCGAGCUAGGAAUACAAUAGAGUAUGCAACGGAGCAGUUCAGCAAAUGGCUCACUCCUCACGCCGACGCUGAUACCGACAUUAUCCUCCUCGGCCACUCGAUGGGCGGCCUCGUGUCAGCUGAAGUGGUCUUGCUGCCUCCUCACGGCCCGGGCGCCUUCAUGGGCCAGGCCUUUCGGCACCGCAUCCUUGGUAUCAUAAACUUUGAUGUGCCUUUCCUUGGGAUGCAUCCUGGCAUCAUUUCCGCUGGUCUGAGCAGCAUCUUCCGCCCCGCUGAAGAUAAAUCCCCUGAGCACAGUCCCCAACCCGCAGAGCAGUCCUACCAUCCCCAAAACCACCCUUCUGCGCACAGUAGCGUGAGCACACUUGAUCUGGGCCCGCCCCUUCGGAACGACACCCUCUUCUCUACUAACCCUAAUGAUCCAAACUACAAUCCCCGCUUUGACAACGACGUCAUACUUCCGGUGCGCAAAGGCUGGGAGAAUGCCUUGCACUUCUUUGCAAAACACUCAGAUGGCCUCGUGCAAGCCUCAAGGCAAUAUGUCAAGUCUCACCUCGAGUUUGGCGGCACUAUGGCGGACUAUCCUGGCUUGAACAAGAGAUACAAGCGUGUCCGUGCCCUCGAAGAAGAGGAUGAGGCAAAGAGAAGAGCAGCCGUUGCCGUUGUGGGACGCAAUCCUCCCUCGGUUCCACGUGUGCGUUUUGUAAACUUCUACACGGCUAGUACCGGCCGUCCCAAGAAGGCAAAAACCCCUGAACCCGGGGUCGCCUCCAAUGACUUUGGCAUGUCUGAUCUUAGCCUUGCUUCGUCCAGUCAGGAUCCGCGGUUGAGUGUUAGCCAUUCCCAGUCUAUAAGCCCACGGAUUUCAAUCGAAGAGCACGAAGACAGCGAGCAGUUGAGCAUGCAAAUGUCACCAAAGGCAGAGGAGCUCAGGCAGAUUUCCCCAGCCCCUCUUAGUGACCACGAUCUGACUCCAACUCACUCGCUAAACCAAGAGCCCUUAGAGGCAGCAGGUGUAUCUCUCUCGGGUAUACCAGAACCCCCAGCCGAGCCUCUGCUCCCAGACUUGGAGGCUUGCCCAGAUGCAGAAUCUCGCAAGGCUGCUAUGAAGCAGCAUGAGCAAGCUCUCAAGGACUACAAGCGUGCCGUGAAGGAUCGCAAUGCUUUGAUCAAGCAACGGACGAAGGAAGCAGAGAAGCUAGCAAAGGAGGCCAAGAAAGAGGAGAAGAGGAAAGCCAAGGAAGCCAAAGUCAGAGAAGAAAAGGAGCAAGCUAAACAAGGACAUCCGGAGAGUCAGAAGUCGGGCGAAGAGCUCCGGCUCGAAAAGGAAAGACAGCGCAUGGAAGCCGAAGGCCAGCGCAUGGCAGAGGCGGAACGCGAGCGCAUGAAGAUGCAGCGGAAGAUGCUCGGCUUGCCCCCGGAGGAGGAAAGCUCGGAGAUCGUGCAGGAGGAGAAGCAAGCGGAGCCGGUGGAGCACGAAAAGCCGACUUCCCUGGAGCCUUCGCGGUCACGCUCGGCGAGCCCGUCGGCCUCUCUCUCUCCUUCUCAACAUCGCAGGGGGUCUUCACAAGCUUCCCUUUGUCAUCGCAGAGGCUCCUCGCAGGCUACCUCUUAUCGCAGAGAGUCUUCGGAGGUCACCUCCCCUCGUCGCAGAGACUCUUCGCAAGCUACCCCAGGAAAGAAGAAGAAGGACCGCAAGUUCUGCGUUUUGCCCUCAAAGGACCCGCGUACCGGACAGCGUGAUCCCGCCUGGAUACGUGUGUACAUGGAAGGUUUUGACGAAGUUGGCGCUCACUGUGGCCUGUUCUUCGUGAGCGAGACCUACGAACGCCUCGUUGGCGAGGUGGCUGAAAAGAUCGAACGCUGGGUCUUAGAAGAUGUGAGCGAGCGAGCCGUGAGGGAAUUAGAGAGUCAGGUAAUUUGA